AUGUCCGCCGCACGAGGUUUCGGCUUCCUGACGGUUUCAACCCCCGCCCGUACCCCCAGGUACCAGAAUGACGAUGGGGUGGACGAGAUGAUGGACUUUAAGCUAGAGCCGGACAUGCACUCGUUCCAGAAGGCGAGAAGGCUGGGGUUGGACGUCAGCCCCGCCGCCGCGAACACCGACAUCCCGGUGUUCUACGCAGAGGGUUUAGAGGUUAAGCGGGAUGGAGGGUUGGUGAAGCCUCUCUUCAUGGACCCGGCCGACCUGGUUGAGGCGUGGAAGAAAGCGACCGCUUCGAACCCAGAUAUGCCCGCAGAGCCUACAGUCAAGGUGUUCAACAUGCCAGACGUCAUCGUGGCCAUGGAGCUGACGGACGAGUUCAAUCAGUUCGGUUUUUUCGCUUCGACGGAGGGCGCGGAGUUCAUAAAGCAGGCCCGAGACGCCAGGAGGCCUUUCCCAAAGCCGCGACUAGGCAGAAUGUGGGCCUUUUAAGUGCAUCAUGAUCUAGUGGCCUUCUGCCCCUGCAUGGGGACACUUAAUUUGGUCACGACGUGUCU